AGGGGAGAAACCGUAUGAAUGCACGGAAUGUGGGAAAAGCUUCAGCACAAGCUUUCAGUUCAUAGAACAUAAGAGGCUACAUACUGGGGAGAAACCAUAUACGUGUUCUGACUGCAGCCAAAGCUUCAAUUCAAAAUCAAACCUUAUUACCCAUAAAAGAACCCACACAGGGGAGAAACCAUAUCAGUGCACAGUAUGUGGGAAGGGCUUCCGGGUUAAAUCAUCCCUUACUAAACACAUAAGAAUCCACACAGGGGAGAAGCCUUAUGGAUGUUCAGAGUGCGGGAAGAGCUUCAACACUAGCUCUCUGCUAGUAAAUCACAGAAGGGUCCACACAGGAGAGAAGCCAUAUAAAUGCUCAGUCUGUGGGAAAAGCUUUCGUCAAAAAGGAAACCUUGUCUUGCAUAUGAGAAUUCACACAGGGGAGAAGCCAUACCGGUGUUGUGACUGUGACAAAAGCUUCAUUGAUAAAAAGUCUCUUAUUAAACACAAGAGGACCCACACAGAAGAAGAACUUUAUGAAUGCUCAGAGGUACAAAACUUCAG